GCCUUGUGCCAACCACCCGCUCUCUGUGCGAAGAACACGGCAUCUGCGCAGCCCCGGGUGGCAGCAUCUCCUGAGUCUCGGCAACUGGCGGCGAGCUCCAGAGUACCACACCGAGCAAAAUACCUGCUGUGUAUACAGUGUACGUGGACCUUCACCGGUGUGCCGGGCUGCUUAAGCGCCCUUGGCGGCUCCUUUUGCGUUGCACCGAAUGUAAGUGAGCGUCAGGGCGUGGCAGCGUGCGGCAGGAAAAGGUAGCUGGUUGCCUUCGUGCGCGGUUAUCUACGCCCGGCUUCUGUGAAGGCCUACAAAUACACUCCCAGCAUUCAAGUUCCGCGGCUCCACGCCUCCCUCCAACAUGCGCUUUGGGCGCAAUCUCCAUCGGCAUCGGAUUCCUGAAUGGGCCUCGUCGUAUCUUGACUAUGGCGGUUUGAAAAGACGCCUCAAACUAGCCGUCCGCGACGCAGCGGGACGGCCGAGCAAACCCGAUCUGACAGACUUCUUCGCUGCCGUGGUGCGGGAAUCAAACAAGGUCGAGGCUUUCUACCAGCACCAACAUGGCCUCGUUCAAACCAAACAGCAAGCCUUCUAGCAGGAAAAUGGCCUCGAUGAUGCGACGUCCAUAUGCGUGUCGAGCCUGGACCGUGCCGAGCAAAGAGAUGCAUUCGCCACUUGUCUCGAAUACAGCCUGGACUCACGGCGACUUAGGUGGUAUGCUAAGGUUAACCGUGAUGGCUUCCUAUGUCUGGCUCGGAAAGUCGAACGGAUUCUUGUCAACACUCGCCCUCGUAAUAUCGAAAUCUCCGCAUUUGAGUUUGCCUGUCAAAGCGGAAGCCUGCAGGC